UAGAAUCACACGCAGGAAACCACGUGUGCCGAACAGGGGGCCGCCAUUGACUCCCGGAAGUCGCACACGUUGCUGUUAUUGUUCGGCUCCGGUGUGCACUAUGAGCUGUCAGAUCACCUGCCUGUCCUGGGUGCAGCGAGGAGUCGCUAAGGAAAUCCCCGAUAAGGUUCAGCUGAGCCAGGAAGAGUUAAACAAACUUAUAACUGAAGCCAAAGAACAGCUCGAGGAAGAACUUGAGGAUAAUGAAGAUGAGGCCGAGGAGGAAGGAGACGGUGAGAUGGACAAUGAAGAGAAAGCUGAGGAGCAGGAGGACCCCACGGAGGAGCAGGAGGAAAACAGUUCUAAGCUGAAGGACGACGAACUUGCAGAAUACGACUUGGACAAUUAUGAUGAAGAAGGGAAAACAGAUGUGUUGAACCUUGGAGACAGUCUUGCCGGACUUGCAGUUUACUCCAGCAAUGAGGCUGAUGCUUACGUCACUUUAAAAAAUACAGAGCAGUAUGAGACUGAGGACUUUACUAUUAAACCCACGGAUAACCUUCUGGUUUGUGGGAGGGCAGAGAAGGAUCACUGUAAUCUGGAAAUCCAUGUGUAUAACCAAGAGGAGGAUUCCUUUUACGUACAUCACGACAUUCUCUUACCUGCGUACCCUCUCUGUGCAGAAUGGCUGAACUUUGAUCCAAGUCCCGAAGAGUCUGCAGGUAACUACGUAGCUGUUGGUAACAUGACCCCCGUCAUCGACGUCUGGGACCUGGAUCUGGUCGACUGCUUGGAACCUGUUUUUUCUCUGGGAAGCAAACAAAUGAAAAAGAAGAAAAAGAAAGGAAAGAAGGGUGCCUCCUCGCAGGGAACCCAGGAGGGCCAUUCCGAUGCAGUCCUGGAUCUUUCAUGGAAUAAGCAGAUACGAAAUGUGUUGGCCAGCGCUUCAGCAGAUAAUACCGUACUACUUUGGGAUUUGUCUUUGGGAAAACCAGCCACCAGCCUCACAAUGCACACAGACAAGGUCCAGACUUUACAGUUUCACCCCUUUGAGCCCCAGACUCUCUUAUCGGGAUCAUUUGACAAGUCCGUCAUAUUAUACGACUGCAGGAGCCCCCAGGAAAAUCACAGAACAUGGAGAUUUAGCGGAGAAGUCGAGAGAGUCACAUGGAACCAUUUUUCUCCCAGAAACUUUUUAGCCAGCACUGAAGAUGGCUUUGUAUACUGUUUAGAUGCCCGGUCAGACAAGCCUUUGUUCACAUUGAAGGCUCAUGACGGAGAAGUGUCAGGUUUGGAGUUGAGUAGUCAGGUUAAAGGCUGCCUAGUAACAUCCUCCGCUGAUAAACACGUGAAGAUCUGGGACAUUUUAAUGGACAAACCAAGUCUCAUUCAUACUCGGGAUAUGAAGAUGGGCAUUGUGUUCUGCACAGCAUGCUGCCCAGACUUUCCUUUUCUCUAUGCAUUUGGGGGCCAGAAGGACGGACUUAGAGUGUGGGAUAUUAGCACCAUUGCAGCCGUAAAAGAAGCGUUUGGUGGCAGAGAGCGGCUGAUGGUGACCACAUCCACCAGCGCAGUGGGGAGCAGUGAAGCAGCUUCAAUGGAAUCGUAGGAACCCUAAAACAUCAGAUGGGUUUUGUAGACCUGGAUUGUUAAUCACCAUCAAGUCAACAUGAUCUCCAAGAGACUUUUUUUUUUUUUUAGUCCACCGCCCAAAAUGGGAUAAGGAAUAAGACUGCCAUGUGGUUGUCUCCUGAUCUUAUAGUGACUGCUCCAUAUGGCUUUACCUGUCACGGAGAUUCCGGCGCUGCCUUAUGUUGAAGAGGACAGUGUUCAUAAUCCUGUGUGCAAUACAAUCUCACGUGCGCUGGUCGGCCAUCUUAAACUUUGGAUUGGCCAGACUGUUUAUAGAAAAAAAAUAAAACCUUUUUGGUGUAA